AUGCUGGAACAGAAUAUUUAAAUCUUAAAGUUAAGUCUUAGGAUGGAGAGAAAGUGUUUUUUAAAAUAAAAAAAGCGACAUAAAAAACUUAUGGAUGCUUAUUGUUCAAGAUAAAAUGUAUUAUUAAUAUUAAGAAUAAUUAGAUAAAUAUCUAAAAUGUUAGAUUCUUAUUUGAUGGAGAAAGAAUUCUAGAAACUUAAACUCCUGUUGAUGUAUUAAUUUAUAAUAAUUUAGAUUGGAAUGAAAACAGGUGAUGAAAUAGAUGUAGUAAUAAAAUAAGUUGGUGGAGAUUGA